ACAGCACUGAUAUGUUUCUUUGAAUUCAUGCAAACUUCAAAUGCACAUCUUCAGUGGAAUUAUUGUACUUUAACUCAACACUGUACUUUACCUCAAGUAGAAUUACAGCUGCGUUGAGCUGUCAGAUCACCAGCAGCAGAUUUAAGUUGAACCACUAUGAUUGAAUCUCAGCUGGACUUCAGCCUCAUUCACUUGAAGUGAUUGAAGUUAUGGAGAGAUAUGGGUUUGCAUGGCUCAUAUCUCCCUAUUUACACGUGGGUUUAUCUCACUUGACACAGAUAAAUGGAGGGUUGGUGUCUCACAUUGUGAUGUGAACCUGAGGCUGAAGUCCAGCUGUGAUUGGGCAGGAGACGCUGUGUGAAUGGACCUGCAAUUCGGUGAACUCUGACUAUGAACUCAGCAGUCGACAGCCUUGUUUGCAUUCAAGUGCUUGUCAUUCAGUCAGCGUGGAGUAAUACAGUAGGAGCGUGAGAGAAGAUUUGAGUACAGAAAACAACAUAUUUUUACUCUCUGUCGCCUCAUACAGGUGACUCCACUGAAGCAGGGGAAGGUUAAGGAUGAAGUGUUUGAAAUGCGGGCUGCUAGCAGGGCUCCUGCUGCUGCUUAGUCUGGCUGGAGUUGACAUGGAGCAUCUCCAAGCAGAGAACCUGAAUCUCCUUCCCCAACAUGAGCACAAUCUGGUCCUGAAUCGUGGAAUGAGAGUGCUUCCCAGAGACUGUCAUGAAAUGCUGAUGACCUCUUCAGGCCAGGCCAGAGACGGUGUGUACCUGAUUCAACCAGGUGACUCCCCUAUUGUGGCCUACUGUGCCAUGCAGGAGGGUGGAUGGACCAUUGUGCAGCAUAUCACCGUCAACAGCAGUGUGAAUUUUGACCGUACCUGGGCUGAGUACAAGCAUGGCUUUGGGGGUGUCACUGGUGAUCACUGGCUUGGGAACGAAUACCUUCAUCAGCUCACCCGUGGGCCUGGCCGCUACAAACUGGGAGUAAAACUAGUAGACAGAGACGCCAUCACCAAGAUGGGGGAGUAUGACCCUUUUCUGGUGGAGGAUGAAGCAUCAGCAUACAGGCUGAGGCUGGGAUUAUUCCAGGGCACCGCCGUGGAUGCCUUGACCCUGGACACAGAGAACUACCUACAUGACAACCAAAAAUUCACCACUAAAGAUAGAGACAAUGACAACUACUUCCAGAAUUGCGCCAAGCUUGAGUUCCAGGGGGUGGCAGGAGGUGGCUGGUGGUAUGACGCCUGUGCUGGUGCCAAUCUGAAUCGCAGGAAUGUCAUCUACUGGCAAAAGGACUGCAACAAGGAGCGACUGUGCAAGUAUGCAUGGAUGAUGGUUAGACCUUCAGACACAGUUAAACUGAUUCCCACUGGAGACUGCAAGAAGGAUGAGCUAUGA